AUGACUUCUUCAAAAAUAGAUGAAACUAAAAAUGCUAAUCAGGAUGAUGGCGCUAGUGAAAAUUUACUUCCGAUUAAAACUUCAAUUGAUUCCACAAAGGCAACUAAUGGUAAACUCAAAUCAUUAGAGGAGGCCAUAACAUUUUCCGAGGCUUUAGAAAAGACUGGUUAUGGAAAAUUUAAUUACUUAGUUAUAAUAAUAGCGGGUCUAAUAUUGGCCAAUGUGCUGCUGGAAACAUCGGCUGUGGCUUUCUAUAUGCCCGUGGCACACUGUGACCUGGAGUUGACAAAUUUCCGCAAAGGUCUACUGAGUGCCAUCGGUUAUGUGGGCAUGAUAAUCAGUUCACAUUUGUGGGGAUUUUUGGCGGAUACCAAGGGUCGUAAACGGGUCAUAAAGCCCACUCUAAUAGCGGGUUUUAUCGUUACAGUAAUCUCAAGUUUUGCCAUGGAGUUUUGGACCAUGUUAAUUUUAAGGCUAAUCAAUGGUAUAUUUGUCUCUGGUGCCUCGGCCACUGUAUAUGCCUAUAUCAGUGAAUUCCAUGUUGAUCGUACACGUUCAAAAUCAAUGAUGAUCUCAUCGUUUAUUUUCGCCAUUGGUGCCAUGCUUAUGCCUGUGAUAUCGUUUGCCGUCAUAAAUCGUGAAUGGCGUUUGCCAAUACCGUUCUUGGGUCUGGUCUAUAAGCCAUGGCGUUUAUUUGUAAUUGUUUGCGGCAUUCCUGGUCUGGUGUGUGGCCUGGCAAUGUAUUUCCUACCAGAAAGUCCGAAAUUUCUGUUAUCCAUCAAUAAGGAAGAAGAAACGAAAGAGGUGAUACAACAAAUGUACAGAAUGAAUGGUGGAAAAGAAAAAUUGGUGAUACCACAUUUAAUUUCCGAAGAAGACGCCAAUGCGGGCAUUGAAAGUAGUCAGAAUAAAAAGUCCCAUAAUAUCUUAAGCUUCUUACAAAUGAUGUGGAAUCAAACGGCACCACUAUUCCAAAAGAAAUACUUACGAUCUACGGCAAUCGUGUGUACAACCCAAUUUUGGUUAUAUGUCAUUACCAAUGGCCUGUACAUGUGGUUUCCGUUCAUUAUCAAUGCCAUGGGUGAAUUUAUGAAAAAUAAUCCGGGGGGAAAUGAGCUGCUUUGUAAUAUUGUCUACAAUAAACAUGCGCAUAUGGAUGAUACGGCUGAUAAUUCGACCUUUGUUGCCUGUCCCGACAAGCUGGAGAACACCACCUAUAUGUAUUCUCUGCUAAUGGAAAUCUUAUAUGUCUCAACAUUUGCCGUGAUAACUGUGAUAAUCAACCGCGUUAGCAAAAAAUGUAUAAUGGUCAUUAUGAUACUGUUCUGUACUUCGUGUGGUCUGGUAGCCAUUUGGUUACCCUACACCUCGGUGUCGGCCAUAUUGUAUGUUAUAAUGUUUGUGGUGGGAACAUCCAUAAAUGUGUUGGGUGCCGCCACAGUGGAUUUAUAUCCCACCCAAUUAAGGUGA